CUCUGGGACAUCGAGACAGGCCAGCAGUGCACAGCGUUCACGGGACACACCGGUGACGUCAUGAGUUUAUCGCUGUCGCCCGACUUUAAAACUUUUGUAUCUGGUGCAUGUGAUGCUUCAGCGAAGUUAUGGGACAUACGAGACGGUAUGUGUAAACAAACAUUUUCUGGGCAUGAAUCUGAUAUCAACGCUGUCACAUUCUUUCCUAACGGAUAUGCAUUUGCGACGGGGUCGGACGACGCCACCUGCCGGCUGUUUGACAUCCGUGCCGACCAGGAGCUGGCGCUCUACACGCACGACAACAUCAUAUGCGGGAUCACCUCGGUGGCUUUCUCCAAGUCCGGCCGACUGCUCUUCGCCGGCUACGACGACUUCAACUGCAACGUCUGGGACUCAAUGCGAACAGAACGCUCCGGUGUUCUCACCGGGCAUGACAAUCGCGUCAGCUGCCUGGGCGUCACCGAGGACGGCUUUGCACUCUGCACGGGCUCCUGGGACAGCUUCCUAAGGAUUUGGAACUAGGGUAGCAUCUCCUCCUCUCUCUACAACACUGUACAAAGGUGUCCUUGCUCGGCAUGAAGAUUUGUUACUGUGUAAGCAGUUGGUCUGGAUGGCACGACACAACGACUGUCUAUCUGCACAGGAUUGUGGGAUAAGCAUGGAUACUGCGCCAUCUAUUGGUCGCCUUCUAUCAACUUCUGCUGCGUAUCUUGUCAUGAGGGGAUGUUAUUAUUCCCUUUAUGAGAGUAUUUUAUACAUGUAGUGCUUGGUAAACAGUUAAUGUUAAGGAGUCGACACAGCAUGGGGCGAUAUAGUCUGAGCACACAGGGCGUCGGUGACGCGUCGGGGGGGUUAGCGGGCGGGGGAGGCAGCGAGCGCGGUAGCAGCUUUCCCGCAAACCGUUCCCCCUUCUCCCCCGUCUCUCUGCGGGCGUGCAGCGUCCCUCCCCGCCGCCACAGUUGGCACGCGAGUUUUUAUACGGAAGGGUUAAAACCCGUGUUUGGGAGGGAGAGCCCACGCCCCGCGCGCACGAGAGAGAGGGUGCGGCGACGGGGGAGGGAGGGGAACGCGGCGGCGGCGGCGGCGGAGGCGCGUCCGGCGGCCCUGUGUGCUCUCGCGCGCGCGCGUAUUCGUAGUGUUAUAGCAUACGUAGCAAGAUGUGUACGAGUGAGUACUGUGAUGUGGGCAAUAGUUUUACCCGUGUGUGUAGUCAGUCUCUCGCCCCGUGCUGCAGCGGUGGACGCCCCGCCCCCGGCCGCCGCCAUCGUCGUCGUCGGUGAGGGGGGAAGGGGUUGCGCCG